GUGCGCACUGCGCGUCUCCUCAGGGUGACGAGGCGAGGUCACAAGCUCCCGAGCACAGCACACACACACCGACACACACACACACACACACACUUCCCCGCCGGGAGGGCGGGUCCUAAACACGUAUACGGGAGAUACGCAGGGAUCAGGACCUGGGGGUGAAGGCUGAAACUCUCUCACUCAUUGCGCGUCAAAGUUGCUGAAAGUUGUUUGAAGUGGGGUGAGCAUGACCAACAUCUCGUCGUACAGCAACGGCAUGCAGAACCUGCGGAAGGAGCACCUGUACAAGGUGCUGGUCAUCGGGGACCUGGGGGUGGGGAAGACCUCCAUCAUCCGGCGGUACGUGCAUCAGACCUACUCCACCAACUACAGGGCCACCAUCGGGGUGGACUUCGCCCUGAAGGUGCUCAACUGGAACUCAAAGACUAUCAGGCUUCAACUUUGGGACAUUGCAGGUCAAGAACGUUUUGGAAACAUGACAAGAGUUUACUACAGAGAAGCCAUGGGAGCCUUCAUAGUGUACGACGUGACGCGACACAGCACCUUCGAGGCUGUGGUGAAGUGGAAAGAAGACCUGGACUCCAAGUUAACGCUAGCGGACGGACAGAGCAUUGCUACAGUGCUGCUGGCUAACAAGUGUGACCAGGGCCGAGAGAUGACCAGCAAUGGCAUCAAAAUGGACCAGUUCUGUAAGGACCACGGCUUUGUCGGCUGGUUUGAAACGUCCGCAAAGGACAAUCAGAACAUCUGUGAAGCUGCAAACUUCCUGGUCAAGCACAUCAUGGCAACAGAGAAUGAGAUCUUGAAAAGCGUGAUACCAGACACCAUCUCACCUCAGUACAACAACAGGCAGUCGAGCUGCUCUAGCUGCCUGAAAUAAUCAGUGGACGGCAUAAUCCACGUCUGAAGAGAACUCCUGAGAGACAUAGUUGGACAUAGAGGGACAGGCACAUGGCUUCUUUGUUCCACAAUGGAGGUGACGAUUUGAGUUUGCGUCAGGAUCUGAUGGCCUCAGAUUGCACAUGAAUUUAACAGACUUUGCUAACUUGACAAACUGUGAGUUUAAAAUUCUUACCAGCGAAACAAUAAUGCGUUCAGACUUAAUUUAUCACGCCAUUAUUUUGGACCUUUGGGUUUGUUCUGUGCUAGUUUACAGUUCCUUGAAAACAGUUCAUCUGAGACUGCGUGGCCAGACCAGAAUAAACAGUGGAGUCAAUUCUCCCAGCAUGCGCCAUGAAACAAACUCAAAGGGCAGCAUGCACAAGCAACUAAACUCAACAGCUAAUUGGAAGUCUGAUUCAAAUUUAAAUCUGCUCUUCACCAUUUAUUGUGAUUCCUUUCUUUCACCAGCAAAAGAAACACAGUAUUGACAGCUUUCAACGAUCGAAAAGGAUGACUAGAGUGUAUUUAUGUGGAUUUGCACAUGCAUUGCUUGUUUUUAUUGUAGUUUUAAUUUAUUUACAGUUUGCAUUUAGGAAAUACUAUUUAUGUUAUGCUGGUUAGUUUAUGAUGUAAAUCUGCUUAAAUACUCCCUACAAAUGACCAUUGUGUAAGUCCUAUAAAAGCAGGCUAAUUAAGUAACAAUGCAUUCCUAAUAAUAGCCACAAUUUGUUGGGGGGCAAGCAGCUGCAAGGAAAGACACAGUUCAACACUCACACACACAAACAUCCUGGAGUUUGUGUGUGGUAACUCGUCCUUUAUGGCCUGUGGGCUGCCAGUGAAGAAGUUCAGUUCAGUCGGUUUGUCAGACAUGUUUGUUUGUUAAUGGAGGAGAGUGGGUGUCCUGUGUGUGUCUAAGUGUGUGUGUGUGUGUGUGUGUGUG